AUGAACUCAUACGCUGCAAGACUUGCCUCAUUCACGUCAUGGCCACACGUAUAUCCAAGUGCCUCUGACGUAGCCCGUGCUGGCUUUCAUCGAGAAUUCGACCCUACUUUUCCAUCCCCGGAUCUAACGGUGUGCUCACUAUACGAUCUUGAUCCUUGUGACUGGGAUAGUGACAAUCCAUUUGAUUUCCACGCUACUCGAUCACCGAAGUGUCCAUUUGUACGUGCAACACAGCAGAAAAAGAAGGACCGGAAUCAGAAGACUCGACGCCAGCAAUACAAGAGAAGGUCCCUACAAGCCACUCAGCCAGCUCACCAAUCCACUCAGUUAGCCACUCAGCAAGAGCACUCAGUUGAGCAAGAGGAGGAACUACAACAGGCAAAUGCGGAGAAGACUGCGGAGAAGACUAUGGAGAAUACUGCGGAGAAACCAAGCGACAACAAGGCCACCAUCGUCAAGAACACGGCUCACCUCUCCACAAUCCCACGUCAAAUCGCCACUCAGCAAGCGGAGAACGACACUACAAUUUGGCCUAUCAUCCCCACUGCAUUGAUAUGGUACAUCACUGCAAUGAGCACACAAGAGAAGGAUCUACUGCGACGGUCACAGCCAAAUCACUAUGGCCAUGGCAAUUGGGCCCCUGCAGGAGGAUAUCGGACGAUGCAUAUUUGGACGAAUUGA